AAGAUAGCAGGAGAAGGUGGAAGAUCCCUCAGGGAUGAACUGGGAGCCUGGGAAGCAGAAAGCCCACGAACACACGCAUGAACGUGGCUCUUCUCCCUCCUUCAAAAGGCUCCUGGACUUAGUAUUCCCAGAAACUCCGCUGUUGCCCCCAGACUGGGUUAAAAGCCACGAGAAACUCACCCUUCCAGGACAAGUGCCUGAGCCCAGCCUGGGGGACGGACAUACGGUGUGUGACCAGUCAGCAGCGGAGCAGGAGGUGGCCAUUCUGAAGCAGCCUUGGAUUAAAGGGUCAGGUACGCCCCUCUGCCCAGCCGGUCCCCCAGGCAAAAAGGCUGAACGGAUGAAAGGUGGGCCUCUCCAUCGCCAGUCACUGCCGAGGCCUGGCAGCACCCCAAAGCCCCCCCACAUUGGCGUCAGGGUCGAAGCCACGUCCAGGAAAAGGAUGCUAGCGAUGCAAGGAAGCCCUCCUGGUGCAGAAGCUCCUGGGACAUGAAGGAGGGGGGGAAAUUCUAUGCCCCAAAUAGUGGCUUUCGACCCAGCCAGUGGAACUGUGUACUGCCAGAGCCACGAAGGAGAAUUAACCAGGUGAUCUCCUGCCAGUCUGGCAAGAUGCCUGCGCCACGGCCUUGGUCGCUCCAGCUCUUCCUGGCCCUUCUUUGCGUCCCACCCUCUACGGCAGUCUUGCCUGGCCAGACGGACGAGCUGAAAGUUGCCACUCAGACGGGCUGGGUGCGCGGCAUCCGGAUGCCGGUUCUCGAUGGCCACAUUUCGGCCUUCCUGGGCAUCCCCUUUGCGGAGCCCCCUGUGGGCAGGCGGCGCUUCCUGCGCCCGGAACCAGUCAAGCCCUGGCAGCACGUUCUCAACGCCACCUCCUACCAACACGCCUGCUACCAGCUGGUGGACAAUACCUACCCUGGAUUCCAUGGCACCGAAAUGUGGAACCCGAACCGGAACAUGAGCGAAGACUGCCUCUACCUCAAUGCCUGGGUGCCCUCCCCGCGCCCCAAGAAUGCCUCUGUCCUGGUCUGGAUCUACGGAGGGGGGUUCUACAGCGGCUCCGCGUCCCUGGACGUCUAUGACGGGCGUUUCCUGAGCUACACGCAGAACGUGAUCCUGGUCUCCAUCAGCUAUCGCGUGGGGGCCUUUGGCUUCUUGGCUCUCCUGGGCAGUCAGGAGGCCCCAGGCAACAUGGGCCUGCUGGACCAGCGCCUGGCCUUGCAGUGGAUACAGAACAACAUCCAGUAUUUUGGGGGCAAUCCCAAAACGGUCACCAUCUUUGGUGAGAGUGCCGGGGCUGCCUCCGUUGGCAUGCACCUCCUUUCAUCCCAAAGCCGCUCGCUCUUCCAACGGGCCAUUUUACAGAGCGGGGCACCCAACGGGCCAUGGGCCACCAUCACGCCAGCAGAGAGUCGGCGCCGUGCCACCCUCUUGGGGAAGAGGGUGGGCUGCCACUUCACCAACGAUUCUGAGCUGGUGAGUUGCCUGCGCUCAAAAACACCCCAGGAACUGAUCGACGAAGAGUGGUCUGUCCUCCCCUACAAGAGCAUCUUCCGCUUUUCCUUUGUGCCAGUCAUCGACGGGGACUUCUUUCCUGACACCCCCGAAGCCAUGCUCAGCACAGGAAACUUCAAGGAGACCCAGGUCUUGCUGGGGGUGGUCAAAGACGAGGGCACCUACUUCCUGAUCUAUGGGGUCCCUGGCUUCAGCAAGGACAAUGAGAGCCUCAUCAGCCGGGAGGACUUCCUGGAGGGGGUGCGGCUCGGCGUGCCACAUGCCAACGAUAUUGCCACUGAAGCCGUGGUACUGCAGUACACCGACUGGCAAGACGAAGACAACCGGGAGAAGAACCGGGAGGCCAUGGAUGACAUUGUGGGGGACCACAAUGUCAUCUGCCCGGUCAUGCACUUUGCGACACGCUACGCAGAGCGCGGCAACAAGGUUUAUGCCUAUCUCUUUGACCACCGAGCCUCCAACCUUAUCUGGCCGCUGUGGAUGGGGGUCCCCCAUGGCUACGAGAUUGAGUUUGUCUUUGGACUGCCCCUGAACGACAGCCUCAACUACACGGCCCAGGAGAAGGAGCUCAGCCGGAGGAUGAUGCGCUACUGGGUCAACUUCGCCCGGACAGGGAGCCCCACGGACCCCGCAGAUAAGGGCAGUGCCUGGCCCACGUACACCCCCUCCAAGCAGGAGUACGUCAAGCUCAACACCCAGCCGCUGGCCACGGACCGCAGCCUGCGUGCCCAGAUCUGCGCUUUCUGGAACCGCUUCCUCCCCAAAUUGCUGAACGUGACAGAGCUCACCAGGAUUUGCAAUGGUUCCAUCCGGGGCCAGGGCCCCCUCUCCGCCCCACUGGCCUCUGCUCUCGCCUUCCUCCCCUUCCUCCUCCUCCUCCUCCUCCUCCAGGGGCAGCUCCCACCUUGAGUGCCUCCCAGGAAGCGGCUGCUGCCCGGAAAGGGAGCACGGUGGGAGGAAAGGUCCCUGCAGCUGUGCAGGGCCCCAGUGGGGGAACCCUGGAGUGGCGGGAAGGAGAGAGGAGGAGGAGGCCCUGAGCCCCAGAACAGCUGGAACAGCCCCCGGCGUUUCCACCGCCCACCCUGGAACUGGAGAAAUAUCAGUCUGGCUCUUGAGGAAGUCUGUGACUGCGUUCAUUGGGGGCAACGGCUUUCUCUGCGGCGUUAGGGUGCACUGGGUGGCUGGCUUUCCAACUGCAUCCGGCGCUC